AUGGUCACUGAAGGAUCGGUUUAUCUUUAUGAAGCAUUGGAUAAAAAGGUCUAUUUCAAAGAAGCUACAAUACUAGUCCCAUCCCACUGGAAGAGUAAGAAUGUUACCAAAGCAAGAACAGAGUCAUUUGAAAAAGCAAAAAUAAGAAUUGAUAAUGCUAAUUCAACAUACGGUGAUCAGCCCUAUACUAAACAGUAUGGAGAAUGCGGAACUAUGGCAGAGUACAUUCAUUUUACCCCAGAAUACCUCCUGAAUGACGCAGUCAUCCAGCUUUAUGGAUUAAGAGGAAGGGUCUUUGUGCAUGAAUGGGCUCAUCUGAGAUGGGGCGUGUAUGAUGAAUACAAUAAAGAAAAGCCAUUCUACCACUCUAAUGGCCGUAUUGAAGCUACAAGGUGUAGCAAAAAUAUUGAAGGUCAGUUUUAUGAGGUUACUGCUGGAGGAUCUCUUCAACCAUGCCAUAUAGAUCCACAAACUUCACUACCAACCGAUAAGUGCAAGUUUUUUCCAGAUAGAAAUCAAAACACAAACAGCUCCUUAAUGUCCCUACCAAGCCUGGAUUCUUGUUUGGUGAAAUAUCUGCAAUUAUGCAGGGAAUUUUGGUUUCAGGUGAGCACAUUUUGUCGUAAAAACGAGCACAAUAAUAAAGCCCCAAACCUGCAAAAUGAAAAAUGUGACAACAAAGCGACAUGGACCGUAAUAUUUGAGGAUUCUGUUGAUAAAGAUGCACUUCAAACUCUAAAACCACUGGAGUCCCCUCCGCCACCACCGUCUUUCAAAGUUGUGCAGAGGGCACAACGGGUCGUUUGUCUCAUCCUUGAUGUCUCAGGAAGCAUGGAAGGCGCUAGAAUUCUUCAACAGCGACAGGCUGCCACACAUUUCCUGCGGUACAUCAUUGAGGAUCAAGCCAGUGUUGGAAUUGUAACCUUUAGUACUUCUGCUUCUACUCUGCGAUCCUUGACUAUUAUUGACAGUAACAACACACGAGAGACUCUUGUCCAAUUGUUACCAAAAAGAGCAAGUGGAUCAACAAACAUGUGCUUGGGCCUUAGUCAAGGCUUACAUGUACUUCAAGAGGACAAUGGGGAUGUAUUAGGAGAUGAAAUAAUUUUUCUGACAGAUGGUCUGGCAACAGACAACAUUGCUGGUUGUGCUCCAUCUGCAAUACAAAGUGGUGCCAUUAUAAGCACAAUAGCUUUUAGUAACAGUGCAGCUCAGGCACUGACAGAAAUGGCGGAUAAAACUGGUAAAUUUGUAAUUUAUAGUGGUGAGUUUUUGUAUUAUGUGUUAUUGGAUGGUUUUUCCUCACUAACAGUACCAACAGGAGAUCAAACAAAAGAACCAGUUCAGUUAGACAGUGUGGGAGCAAAAACAUCUGAUUGGUUCAAUGGGACAGUACCAGUAGAUCAGACUGUUGGUACCAGAACCAGCUUUACAAUAACCUAUGAAACAAGCCUACCUAACAUUUACAUAACGUCACCAAGUGGUUCAAUCUACGAUCAAAUGCGUAUGCGUCAUGAUGAAUCAACAAAAACAGUGACUUUAAAAGUUCCAGGAAUUGCAGAGACUGGGGACUGGAAAUACAGUAUCAAAAGUCCAAAACUUCAGUCUCUGACUGUAACAGCAACGAGUCAAGCGGCACGUGCUGAUGUUCCUCCUAUUAUUGUCAAAGCCAACAUGGACCAGAAGUUCAAUGAUGGCACUAAACCCAUGACAGUGUAUGCUGAGGUUAGUCAGAAUUACAAGCCUGUAAUAAAUGCUGAAGUGUGGGCUACACUGGAGCCAGAUUCAGGAUCUGCAGAAACAUUACAACUCCUGGACAAUGGAGCAGGAACUGAUGCUUUCAAAGAUGACGGUGUCUAUUCCAGAUAUUUCACAAAGAUGAAAAACGGGAGAAGCAGCUUGAAAGUAAGAGUGAAGAAUCAAGGUGGACAAACCAGAUUUACUCUCCAAAAACGGGGUGGUGCUCCAUACGUACCUGGAUAUGUGGUAGAUGGUGUGGUGGAGUUGAACCCUUCAAAACCUCCAGUUUUGGCAGAAUUAUUUGUAAUUGGAAGUUUCACCAGAACAGCCACCGGAGAGAGUUUUGAGGUUGUUCUUAAAAGCACAACUCCACCAAAUUUCCCUCCUAACAGAAUCACAGAUCUGAGUGCUGAGAUCCAGGAGGACACUGUGCUUCUCAGCUGGACAGCACCUGGUGAGGACCUCGACCAAGGCACAGCUAAAUACUACAAGAUCAUGUGGAGCUUUGACCUUAAAAUGCUUCGAUUCAACUUCAGCAAUGCUCAUGAAGUCAACAUAUCUGCCAUCUCACCUCAGGAGGCGGGAUCGGUUGAACAGCAUUCAUUCAAUCUCGGUUUCCCAAUCCAAAAUGGCACCACACUCUUCUUUGCGGUUCAGUCUGAGGACAAAGAACUUGUCAAAUCCGAAAUCUCCAACAUUGCUCAGGCUUCAAAGAUCCUCCCUCUUUCACAACCCACAGGAGUGCUGGAGAUAGACCUGAAAUUAGUUGUUAUUGCAGUUGCUGUUUGUUUGGCCACUGUGGUGAUUAUUGCCAUUAUUGGGAUAACAAUAUGGGCUUUGACACCAAGAAAAACUGCUUAAAGCACAAACCAACAUUAACAUCUGAUUCAAAGAAAAUCUUUACAUUUAAAGUUACUUUAUUGAGUUGACUUUAUUUGUAUACCUUAUGCUUAGCAAAAAUAUAAAAUGCAAAAUACAGUUUGGUAAAACUUUAAAUUUGUAUUGGAAUUGUUUGUAUUUUCUAAUGGCAUAUCAUUAAACUUCCACUGAGAUGA